AGGAUGAUGUUGCAACCACCUCCCUCCAUUGGGACAACUGCCACUAAAGUUCUAUGUUUAACACAAGUGGUGACUGAAGAUGAACUUAAAGAUGAUGAAGAUUAUCAAGAUAUAUUGGAAGACAUGAAAAUAGAAUGUGGAAAAUUCGGUAGUCUAGUGAAUGUUGUAAUUCCAUGCCCUAACCCUACUGGAGAACCAGCACCAGGUGUUGGCAAGGUGUUUUUGGAGUAUGCUGAUGUGGAAUUAGACUCCUUGUCGCCCUACGCUUGGUGGAGCAAUUGUGCCAAGAUCAUAUGGGUGAAACACCAUGCCCUAUUGACCCAUGGAUUGUAG